AAUCGUAACGUGUUCUACGCUUGUAUGCAAGAUUUGUCAGUUGUCAAGCCUGCACCAUUUCCAAAAAUGUCAGGCUGUACGAGGAGCUCAGAGAAAAUGUGAAAUAAAAUUGUGUUUUAAAAGAAAAUGGCAACGCAAAAGCCGAGCUUAUGGGCUGAUCACUUAAUUAACAGAUUUGGGGAUCAGUUACCUUGUCGAAUUGGUCCUCAAACAACUCACACCACUCUAAAUCAGGAACAGAACAAAAACUGUAUCAUUCAAAUAUCUAAGUACAAGUUUUCUUUAGUGCUUGAUGGUUUUGUUAAAGUCCUUAAAAAAGUGAACGAAACUUACGACAAGAAUCAAAAGCAUGGAUCGGAACAAGAAAAAAAUUAUUUUGACAGUUUAUUUAUAGUCCUCGACACCCUAGAAAAAUGCUUCAGCAUUCAACCAAGAGACUCAAUUUCUUUGACUAUGGAGGAAAGUCAAAACCUGAAAAUGGUGCUCAAAGAAAUUUGCAGUUACCUUAUUAAAGAUACUUUUCCAGAAAAUAAUCCAAACACACAUGCUUUACGUUCAUUAGCGAGUAAAGUACUUUUUGCGUUGUCUGUAAAUUUUUUCAAUAUUGUUUUUACAAGAAUUACUUCUAAGUUGCAAGAAUGCGCUUCUUCGUCCGAAGAGAUUGUGGAGUUGAGCGAAAUUGAACUCAUACAACACAUUAAUGUGGACGCUAAGAAAUUAUCAAAGCUUUUUCUCGAGGGUUUAUCCAAAUUUAAGCAACUUCGAAAGAAUGCUCAGCAAUUAUUCGUGAUAUCGCUUGAACGUGCUAUUUGGAACUGGAUUGAAACGUAUCCAGUUGAAUUUUCCAAAUACCAGGCGAAUCCUGACGAUGAACUAUGUAAGAACGCAGACCAACUGUUUGAUAUCAUCGAAGCUUUCAGUGAUAAUAAGAAAAUCAAAACGAAUAUGUGGUCUUUACAAAUGAUGUUGCUUAUUCUCGUUCCAAAUGUUCUUGAGGACCUAAAUGUUACCGAAACUAGUGGUGUAAUUACAAAAUAUGUGAGAAAGAAGAACUACAUUGAUAAUAUUAAAAAGUCGUUAGGCUUGCAUUCAAAUAAUAAACAGUCAAUCGAAGCUGCCAUCAUAGCUGGAAUAAAGUUAUGUAGGGCAGCAACAUAUGUUAAGGACAUCAAGGUUAGACCUAUUUUCAUCAUUGUUCAACCUAUCAUGAAUGAUCUUAAGGCCUUGCUGUUUAACCCAACGAAUCCAUACGCUCGGAGAACAUAUGCCAAUCAAGAUAUUGACGGCAUGAUUGAUUGCUUUGUAUCAGUAUUUCGGGUGUAUCCGAACAGCAGUGAUUGCUUCCUUGCUUGCUUAAACAUCAAUUCACCUCCAACGUAUCAUUUUGUCUUGACCAAGGCUUUAUUUCAAAUAGUAACCCAACCAAGGAUGUCUUGGUGGCCUACGGUUGAUAAUGUUUACAAUAGUUCUUUACAAUUAAAGAACAUAUUUUCCGAUGUUCUCGGUAAAGUUAGUUCUCCCGGCUACAACCAACACAUGCCUUUGCGUGUGAUGAAUGUUCUAAAAGGAAACAAAGAUUCAUUGCAAAAGUACCGGUCAGGUGCUGACGAUCCACCCGGAUAUAAAGGCAUCUUAUUAUAUAUGGUCAGGCUUAUACAUUUUUGUCCAGAUUUAUUUUUGGGCCAACGUGGAAAACCUGGGCAUGAAGUUCAAAGCUGCACUCUGGAUUUGAUAAAUGGUCUUGUAUCGUUAGUUCACCUACAAGCUUUGCCAGAUGUAGUUCAGGAAGCAAUGGAUGCUUUGCUUGUUCUUCAUCAACCAGAAAAAAUUGAAAUGUGGAAUCCUGACGCUCCCAUCAACACCUUCUGGGAUGUGGGAUCUCAGGUUUUGAGUCAAAUCUCUGGAAAAUUGAUACAGCACCAAUACGUUAACUAUACGGAUAUUUUGAAAUGGCUUCGUGAGAUUUUAGUUUACAGAAAUGCAUUUUUGACGAAACAUAAGGACUUUGCCACGUUAGGUAGUUCUAUUAGUCAUUCUCUUCAAGCCCACGUUAAGCUAGAGGUUGUGUAUUUCAUGUAUUUAUGGAGCAUUGAAAUGGAGGCUGUUCUCAUUGCGAUGAGUUGCUUUUCAUUGUUGUGCCAAGAAGCGGAAAUUAUUUGCAUGCAUGACGAAAUAAGUAUUACCACAAUGGUACCAAACUAUACUAUUUACAUGGAACUCGCUCAAGCUGCCACCGUUCUUACCACUGGUCGGUUAGCACUGCAAAAGCGCAUCAUGGCGCUACUAAGGAAGAUUGAGCAUUGCUCAACUGGAGUUUAUCCUGCAUGGGAAGAAACGUAUAAAAAUUGGUCGGCCUGCUACAAAACUAUUUCGGCGUCAUCAAAAACCAGAUCUGAAGAUGGCCAGUUGGAACCUUUCCACCGAUCUGCAGGGAAACGACGAGCGUCCCAUCAAAAUUCAGAGCAUGAACUUGAGAAGGAACAGAUUUUAGAAUGGGCCAAUAUGACCGGGUUUCUUUGUGCUCUCGGUGGUGUUUGUUUACAAGCCAAAAACAAAUCGCAGGGGCAUCCACCAAAUUUGUAUGGCGUGCAUAGUACCAAUAUUGGAAGUGGUUCUGGAUAUUCCAGUAUGUCUUCUUUGAAUACAAUAAGUUCUAUGAGUGAAGCUAACUUCAGCACGAGGCGCUGUGCCUCAGUAAAUGCUUCCAGGGCGCAUCCUAGUGAAUAUGACGGCAGUAAUAUCAUUCAGUUUGUUGAGUUGCUCUUAAAACUUCUGGUCUGUAAUAAUGAGAAAUUUGGAACGCAGAUCCAAAAGCAUGUGAAAGAACUAUUAGGUCAUGAAAUGGCAGCUGCUCUUUAUCCCAUUCUAUUCGAACAAAUAAAACUAAUAAUAGACAAGUUUUUCGAUCAAAGCGGCCAAGUCACUGUUACAGAAUUUAACACGCAAUUCAUAGAACACAUCAUUGUAAUAUUAAAGAACAUUUUGGAUUACACCAGAAGCGAUCAACCAUCAGAACACUUGAGUGUUACUAGUAUUGAAGGAAUGAUGCUGCAAAUAGUCAGAUAUUCUCGACAUCUUGAUAUGUCGGUUCAUGCAAUUCACAUAAAAACCAAACUAUGUCAGUUAGUUGAAGUGAUGAUGGACCGACGAGACGACUUGGCUUUUCGUCAAGAAAUGAAGUUUAGAAAUAAACUUGUCGAAUAUCUCACUGACUGGGUCAUGGGAUCUAGUCAUCAAAUUUCACCACCCAGUGGAAAUGAUGUCACUGAUAUGACCAGAGAAUUAGAUCAGUCGGCUAUGCAAGCUGUAGCGGCUUUACUACGAGCUCUUCCCCUGCAACCUGAAGAAUCGGAUGGAGGGGACCUGAUGGGAGCCAAGAGUCAGUUGUUCUUGAAGUACUUCACUUUGUUCAUGAACCUCUUGAAUGAUUGCUCCGACCCUUUGAGCGGAUCAGAUAUUUUAGAUUUAUCAGACAGCGAAGAGUGUAGACAUCGUCUGAACUCUGAAAAUUUAUCCAAUUUGCGUAGCGCAACCAUACAAGCCAUGUCGAAUCUUCUUUCAGCAAACAUUGAUAGUGGGUUAAUGCAUUCCAUCGAUCUGGGUUACAACAAGGACCUCCAAACAAGAGCAGCUUUCAUAGAAGUAUUGACGAAAAUACUGCAGCAAGGCACUGAAUUUGAUACUCUAGCUGAAACUGUUUUCGCGGAUAGAUUUGAACAACUGAUACAACUGGUUACAAUGAUUAGCGAUAAAGGAGAGUUGCCGAUUGCAAUUGCUUUAGCAGACGUCGUAACAGGUUUGCAAAUGAAUGAAUUGGCGCGAGUUUUGGUGACAUUCUUUGAUGCUAAACAUCUCUUAUCGCCCUUGCUGUGGAACAUGUUCUAUCGGGAAGUAGACAAGUCAGAUUGCUUGCACACGUUAUUCAGAGGCAAUUCUCUGGGAAGUAAAAUAAUGGCGUUCUGUUUUAAAAUAUACGGCGCUAGUUACUUGCAGAACCUUUUGCAGCCUUUGAUCCAAUUGUUGUUAGAUGAAGAGCCUUUGCAGAGUUUCGAAGUAGAUCCAGCCAGAUUGGAUCCCAGCGAAGACAUUGAAGAAAACCGAAAAAACCUUAUGGCGUUUACUCAGAAAGUGUUCGAUGCUAUAGUAUCAUCUGCAAACAAAUUUCCUCCACAGCUUAGAUCCAUGUGCCACUGUUUAUAUCAAGUGUUGAGCAAACGGUUCCCACAGGUUCCGCAAAACAAUAUAGGUGCUGUGGGAACAGUGAUUUUUUUGAGAUUUAUCAAUCCAGCUAUUGUGUCUCCACAUGAAAUGGGCAUUGUUAGCGAACAAAUACCGCCUAUCAUCAAAAGAGGAUUAAUGCUGCUUUCGAAGAUUUUGCAAAACAUUGCGAACCAUGUGGAAUUCAGCAAAGAACAACAUAUGUUGCCUUUCAACGACUUUUUAAGGAGUCACUUUGAAACUGGAAGAAGAUUCUUUAUCACCAUUGCUUCAGAUUGUGAAACUAUCGAUGAAGGGUCGCAUUCUAGGUCCUUCAUCUCAGAUGCUAAUAUUUUAACUUUGCAUCGGCUCUUAUGGAAUCAUCAGGAGAAAAUAGGAGAUUACUUGUCCAGUAGUCGAGAUCAUAGAUCUGUAGGGAGGCGUCCCUUUGAUAAAAUGGCUACUUUGCUGGCUUAUUUAGGGCCUCCAGAGCAUAAGACUUUCGAUUCACAUACACUAUUUACAACUAACCCAAGGUGGCGUGCCCUGGAUAUGUCGUCCAGUAACUUCGAAGACCUUAUGACUCGUCAUAACAUCGAUGAAAAGGAAGAGUUUAAGUCGGUAAAAGCGCUGAACGUCUUUUAUCAAGCCGGCACUAGCCGGGCUGGCUUUCCAGUAUUUUACUAUAUUGCCAGGAGAUUCAAUACUUUCAGGAUCGGAGAGACAAACGGCGAUUUAUUAAUCUAUCAUGUCAUUUUAACUCUUAAACCAUUUUGUCACGCUCCAUUUGAACUGGUAGUUGAUUUUACACGAACCAGUUCUGAGAAUAGGUUUAGGCCUGAAUGCUUACAGGGGUGGUUUUGCGUUUUACCUGAAGUAGCAAUUGAAAAUAUCCAUGCAGCUUAUAUUUAUAAUUGCAACAGUUGGGUUAGGGAAUACACCAAAUAUCACGACAGAAUAUUUGGUGCUCUUAAGGGGAACCGCAAAAUUGUGUUCCUAGAUCACCCUUCGAAAAUAAACGACUAUAUUGAUCCAGAACAACAGAAACUUCCAGGCGCUACGCUAAGUUUAGAUGAAGACUUGAAAGUGUUUCAUAAUGCCUUAAAAUUAUCGCACAAAGAUACCAAAGUUUCUAUAAAAGUAGGUCCGACGGCUAUUCAAAUUACUUCGGCAGAAAGAACCAAAGUUUUUGCUCAUGCUAUUUACCUGAACGAUGUUUAUUACGCUUCUGAAAUUGAAGAAGUAUGUUUGGUCGAUGAUAAUCAGUUUACUUUAACUAUAGCUAACGAAAGUGGCCCCUUGAGCUUUAUCCAUAACGAUUGUGAUGCUAUUGUACAAGCUAUUAUCCACAUAAGAAACAGAUGGGAACUGAGUCAGCCUGAUACCGUUAGCGUACAUCAAAAAAUUCGGCCGAAAGAUGUACCAGGAACCUUGUUGAAUAUGGCAUUAUUGAACUUGGGAGUUCACGAUCCAAUGUUACGCACAGCAGCUUACAACCUCUUAUGUGCUCUAACGGCUACGUUUGAUUUGAAAAUUGAAGGGCAGCUUUUAGAAACGCAAGGGCUGUGCAUUCCAUCCAACAAUACUCUGUUUAUCAAGUCGAUAUCGGAAAAGCUAGCUACAAAUGAGCCGCAUUUGACUUUGGAGUUCUUAGAGGAAUGUAUCCAGGGAUUUAGAGUGUCUAGCAUUGAAUUGAAGCACUUGUGUCUGGAGUAUAUGACUCCAUGGCUUCCGAAUCUGGUGAAAUUCUGCAAGCCUACAGAUGACUAUAAAAGAUAUAAAAAAGUUGGCGAAAUAUUGGAAAAGCUGAUUGUGUUGACCAUCAAAGAAACUGAAAUGUAUCCCUCGGUCCAAGCUAAGAUUUGGGGUACAUUGGGGCAAGUUUCCGAUCUAAUUGAUAUUAUUUUGGACACCUUUCUCAGUUGCUCUGUUAGUGACGGACAUAGUCCUUUGAUGGUAGAAGUUUUGGCUGACACUACAGUCGCACUUGCUUCAUCUAACAUCCAAUUAGUGGCUAAAAAGACCAUUGCCAGGUUUUUUAAAGUCAUCCGCAAUCUUACUACAUUGCAAAUAGAGGUACCAGAAGGAAUCCUUCCGAUAACUGCAUUAGAAAAUAACUCCAUGUGGGACGAUUUAACCGUUUUGGCCCGCUAUCUCCUCAUGCUUUCUUUCAAUAACUGUCUAGAUGUUGUGCGCCAUCUACCUUACUUAUUCCAUACGGCAACAAUAUUAGUUUGUGCGGGGUCCAUUAAUAUGAGAGCGGCAACCCAUGGAUUGGUUAUGAAUAUAAUCCAUUCUCUUUGUACCUGUACCGAGCCCCGGUUUUCUGAAGAUGUCCAAAAAUUCUUACGUCUCUCCUUAGACGAAUUUGCAUUGCCUAAAUAUUAUGUUCUCUUUGGCGUAAGUAAAGUGAAAAACGCCUCAGUCACAGCGUUUAGAUUGGGGAUUAAUCACCCAGGAGAUUCUCGAAUGUUUAUUUCUUGUGAUAAAGGCCCAGGAAUACAAUGCCAUCAUCAGGCAUGUGGGCAUCCAUGCCAGAUGGCACAAACAAUACCAAAUAGCGCAACGACACCAACUGCCUCAAUUAUUUCCUCAAAUGAUAGAGAUAAGUUAACUAACACUGCAGCUAUCCAAGAGAGAGAACGAGUCUCACUUAGUUCCUUAGAAGUAAUUACUGAUUCACUUCUGGAAAUAUUGGAAGCCUGCAUGAAUGAGGUCGAAGACUGUGAUUGGCUGAACCAAUGGAUUGUAUUGGCAAGAAGUCUGGCCUACUGUUAUAACUCUGCUUUACAACCCCGAGCUCUCAUAGUCUUCGGUUGCAUUGCAAAAAAUGCUACUAAUUCAGAAGUGGUUCAGAUUAUGCGAACUAUGAUUAAAUCGCUGGAAUCUUGGAAUGAUAUUAUCUUGCUCGAAGCUUCCAUAAUGUGCUUGACUAGAUUACAGCCGGUGUUGUCAUCUGAUUCCCCCAUUCACAAGUCAAUAUUUUGGGUGGCUGUAUCAGUGCUGCAGUUGAACGAGUCUAAUUUAUAUGCUGUGGGUUUGGCACUGUUGGAACAAAAUCUUCACACUCUGGACUCUCAAGGAAUAUUCGAUACAACUUCAUUGGAAGAAGCUAUGAUGCUAACUAGAAAUCCACUGGAGUCAUAUUUCAAACAAAUGGAUCACAAUGUUGGUUUGAGCUUCAGAACAAACUUCCAUUUCGCUCUAGUGGGACAUUUGCUCAAGGGAUAUCGGCAUAGUACUGCUACGACCGUAUCUAGAACGAUUAGAGUUCUUACGAUGUUACUAUCGAUAGUUGCCAAACCUAAUAAAAAAGAUAAGUUCGAAGUAACCCCAGAAAGUGUGGCCUAUUUAACAGCACUAAUUGGUUAUUCAGAAGAAGUAAGAAGUAGAUGUCACGUUAAACAUUCCAUCCCAAGAUACAUCGCAAAUUCAUUGUCUGAAGAAAACUUCUUAAUGGAGUCGAGUCCGUGUUCUGUACCUCAACAACCCGAGGCUUCAAUCUCGAAUAGCGCUGUUAGCAAUAACUCGACCCAAAUGCAGAAGUCUUGCGAUAAUCUUGAUGAAUCCACUAGCACACAAACAUUACUAAAUAAGCAACCUGUCACAACAACCACUGGCACGACCACAACUACCAGCACGACCACAACCACCAGCACGACCACCACUCAAAUGCAGGACCGAAGUACUAGAGCGUCAGUCAGCAACGAAAAUAAUGUUCUCUUGGAUCCAGAGGUGUUAACAGAUUUUGGCACACAAGCUCUCGUACUUACUACUCUUGCCACUCUUGCCAAGUGCAGUACUGGAGAAAUAGAAACUCGAACUCUCUACCAGUUUCUAGCUGAAGGUGCUACGGUGUUUCCCAGGGUAUUUCCAGUAAUAUAUAACUUAUUGGACCAAAACUUAAAAUACAUAUUAACUGGAAACCAUGAUUUGGAGACGUUGGCUGCUGUGCGCACUAUUAUACAAACAAUGAUUACGUGCGAGUGUACAACGCAAGAGAAUAUGCAUUAUUUGCAAAACUGCGGUUUUGCAGGACUUUGGCGAUUCGCAGGAUCUUUCUUGAGGGUUAAACAGGGUGAGACUCAUAAUAUGGACGGACAGAGUGAACUAUUUAGAGACUGUUUGAUGCAAAUGGUAGAGAUGUAUAGGCCAUCAGAAGAUGGCGCAAGGGAUAGUGACGAGCCAGAAGUUACGUUUCCAUCUAUAUUAAGUGUUGAUGAUUCAAAUAUGCAUCUUUCAAAUUCUUGUUUGGUGCUUUCACCAACGGAGAAAGAGAAAGGUGCUAAUUUUGAGGGAGAGUCGAAUGUGUCCAAUGGAAGUCAAACGUCCCUGGAUACAGUUGUUUGCAGUAAAAUGUGAAAAGUUACAAAACGCUUUUAAAUAAGUUGUUAGGAGAAUCAUUGCCAUUGUCACGUUACCUCGUUUGAAAAGUUCAUUGUUUAAGACUGCAUAUCCGUUCUCUAGUUUGUUAAUGUUGAAGUUUCGUGUUUUUGAGAAUGACAUCCUUUUCCUAACAAUUUAAAAAUAUUUAUAUUCUAAACUAAAUGAUAUGUGAAACUGUAAUGUACAAAUAUUGUUAAUUUUUAAUUUGUUCUCGUUAUAUAUGUUUCAGUAUUUAUUUAUUUUUUUAUUACAAAACAUUUUAGACUUAAGACCCUACUAUAUCUAGAACUUGCACUCCAAAUUGACCAAACGAAUAACUCAUUCCGUUUUACAACCUUGUAUUCUUCACUAAUAUUGUCUAAAACAGUAUCUUCCGUUGAUGUUGCUUAACAUGCAAUCCCUUUUCGAAAUUGUUGCCCUUACUCAACUCCGCAUUCAUUGGUAAUAUAUGAUUUAAGUAACCUUGUCAA